AGAGUUUUCUUGGGACGAAUUAAGAAACCUUUACUUCAUUAUAUAAAGACAAGCUAAAUCCUUUAUACGAUGGCAAAUAUACACCAUAAAGAACUUUUGUCAUUACAAUGAGCAUGAGCGAUCGUGAAACUACAAUUGGUAAUGGUGGCGUGGAGGACGAGUUAUCACUUCCAAAAGCGACUGUCACUAAGCUCAUUACAGAAAUGUUACCAUCCGACAUUGCUUGUGCAAAAGAUACCCGCGAUUUAUUAAUAGACUGUUGUGUUGAAUUUAUUCAUCUAAUCGCUUCUGAAGCAAACGAGAUUUGUGAGAAAGAAGCUAAAAAAACUAUAGCUGCGGAACAUGUCAUUACUGCGCUUCAAACUUUAGGUUUUGAAAAUUAUUUAUCUGAAGUACAAGAAGUUUUCAAAGAACAUAAAAAAUUGCAGAAGGAUCGUGAUAAGAAAAGCUCAAGAUUAGAAAAUUCAGGUAUGACAGAAGAGGAAUUAUUGAAACAACAAGAACAGUUGUUUGCACAAUCUCGUCUCAAAUAUCAAGCACAACAACAAUCGUGAAUGGGUAUUAAUAUAAAAUGAUGCUUUAGUAUCUAGUAAAUUUUGCUUCUUUUAUGGAUAUUUCUAUUUUCACAGUUAUUUUCGAAACAUUGAUUUGUAAUAAAUACCAGAGAAUAUAAUAAAUUUAAUAAAUUUUAUUAUGCUUUUUUUUGCUUUCUCUUUGCAAGAACGCCAUGACGUAAA